CACAACGUGCUGCCAAAAUCUUUAUAACAUAAAACUCUCAACAUGGGCUCAGUGUCCUGCCAGAGAUCCAUAUCUAAGAAUCUGAACAGAAUUUCCACAUGUGUAUUGUCCCUCGUGCUCAGCUCGCACAUGUGAAAAUCAAUACAGGCUGCAUUGAACUUUGCAUGAGCGGAGACAUCGUAACAAUUAAAACAGCGGCGUUGAACCUGCUUACAGAUAAGGGAUUGCUGGCUGCGGGAAAGAAGAGACACACUAACUGUUUGGAGGGAAAAAAAAAACUGCUGUCAACAUUUCUACUUUAAAUGAGCCAUUUUGUAAAAUCUGAUCACCCUCAUUAACAGAUGACACAGAGGAGAAAAAUUAUGUCUCAGAGUAAGUUUAUGGAGUGCAGUCUGCAGCAGCUGAGGUUUAAAGUGACUUGCGGUUGAGUUUAAUGAGCGACAUCCAACUAAUCUGCCCUGACAGCUCUGAGCAUCUUUCAAUCCCGCGAAAGCUUCCCACAGCCCGGCAGGCUGAGUCUCCGGCCGACCUACGUCAGCAAUCUCUGGAGCUCUGCACCCCUGCUUUCUGUCUUCAACGUUUUUGAAGAGGUCAGAGUUCAGACCUCUCACUGGGACCCGUUAAUCACGGGAGAGGUUGUGUGACCGAGGCAGACGGGUGGAGAGGUUGGGUUGGGGGGAAGGGUAGCGGAGCUUGUUCUCAAGUGGUCACCUCCAGGAAUGCCUCCAGCUCAGAGUGAGUGGCCCACGGGUGAGAGGACAUGGUAUAAAAAAGAGUGGAGGGACGAGGCAGCGGUCAUACACUCGGAUUUGAUUAAGAAAAAAAAAAAAACCUGGGACUUUAUUCACAAAAGAGUCAGAGAGUCACCAUGGCACAACUGACAAAUUACUGGAUGUGUGGAUGUUUCCUUGUUCUAUCACUGACAGCGACCUCGAGCCAUGCCCUGAGAAGAAUCAGCCUAAAGAAGAUGCCGUCUAUCAGGGAGACGCUGAGCGAGAUGGGUGUUUCUGCAGAGCAGGUGUUGACAGAGCUGGCCCAGAGGAGCAACGAGGACACGAACAACGGGACUGUUCCCACACCUCUGACCAACUACCUGGAUACUCAGUACUACGGGGAGAUUAGCAUCGGCUCUCCGGCCCAGAUGUUCAACGUGGUGUUCGACACGGGCUCAGCGAACCUGUGGGUGCCCUCGCAAAGCUGCUCGCCUUUCUCCACCGCCUGCUUUACUCACAACAGGUACGAUGCCUCCAAAUCCCGGACCCACAUCGAGAACGGGACCGGGUUUUCCAUCCAGUAUGCCGCUGGGAACGUCAGGGGGUUUCUGAGCGAGGAUGUGGUUGUGGUCGGUGGUAUUCCUGUGGUGCAGGUGUUUGCUGAGGCCACCGCUCUGUCUGCCAUGCCCUUCAUCUUCGCCAAGUUCGAUGGAGUCCUGGGGAUGGGUUACCCAAACGUGGCCAUCGAUGGCAUCACUCCAGUGUUUGACCGCAUCAUGUCUCAGCAUGUCCUCAAGGAAGAGGUGUUCUCGGUCUACUACAGCAGGGAUCCCAAACACUCUCCAGGUGGAGAGCUGGUCCUCGGUGGCACAGACCCAAACUACUACACAGGAAACUUUAAUUACAUGGGCACCAAAGAGACAGGCAAAUGGGAAGUAACCAUGAAAGGCGUCUCUGUCGGGAUGGACAUGAUGUUUUGUGCAGAGGGCUGCACAGCUGUGAUCGACACUGGCUCCUCCUACAUCACAGGCCCGGCCUCCUCUGUGUCCGUGCUGAUGAAAACCAUCGGAGCACAGCUGGAUGAAAGUGGAUACAAGGUCAACUGUGACACCGUGAAGACGCUGCCCAGUGUCACCUUCCAUCUGGGUGGUCAGGAGUACUCACUCACUCAGGAGGAUUAUAUUUUGUGGCAAUCACAGAUCGAGGGAGAUGUCUGCACCGUCACCUUCAGGGGCUUGGAUGUGCCGCCCCCUACAGGACCAAUCUGGAUCUUGGGAGCCAACUUCAUUGCCCGCUACUACACAGAGUUUGACCGUCGCAAUAAUCGGAUAGGGUUUGCUGCAGCAGUUUGACAGGAUGGUAAACGUCCGCCACGUUGGUCUGAGUUCUUUCUCUCUGUCCUUGCUGCUAUCUCCUCUUUGGCGUCCUCCGUCAGCUGCUCUUUAUGAUAUGGUGACUCAUGAUUACAUCUGUUUCAUUAAUUGGUAGCGCAGCGAGCACAUUAAGGAAUAUCAUUCCCUGAUAUCUUGAUCAUCCUGCUUUCCUGAUAUGAUAUUUUGUACCAGUUGCACUGAUUGCCUUCUAAUCUUUUUUUUUAUUAUUAUUUUUAUUUAUAAGCAUUUACCAGCAAAUGCAAAGUUUCUGUGUGCGUGUCUCUACUGAUUAUUAUCAUACAGCACCAGCAGAAAGGCAUAACUGUAUUGUACUGACAUAACAAAAAUAAACUUGUUCACUGGGAUUUGAUUUUAUUAAGGCCCACAUUGUUUCCCAUCAAGUCUGUCGAAUGCAGAAGUUUAAAACAGACUGCUGAUGCAGAUCAAUCAGACACACCAGAGCAGUCACAGAAAUAUUUGUCAUUGUUUUGCAAGAAAAACUGUAUCUAAGAAUCUGUAUGUUUGAGUGGAAAAGGUCAAACAAUCCGACACACAUUUUUCGCACUUGUGACAGUCACGCAUGAAGCUCCCACUGUCGCUGCCCACGAACAGUUGCUCACUAUCUUUGGUAACAGUUACAGUAGGAGAUCAUAGAUUAUAGAUAGAUUACAUUUUUUGAAUCAAAUCAUCUUUUUGCACAACUCUGCAGCCCGUGAUCCCGUGAGGAGUUGUCUUUCUUCUUUUGCCAGCCAAUGUUUUUUUUCUGGUGCAAAACAACCCACCUUAAAUGUUAAUUUUAUCACCAAUGUCACAUCAAAGUUAAAAAGCAAGUAAGAGCAAAGAUGAAACUAAAAGGGAGCCUUCAGGAGUAAACAUGCCUCUUCUAGUUAUUUUAAGACUCACUGUACAAAGUUGUUUUCCGCUUAACUAGCAGGCUGAAGCGACACUGAGAUAACACAACAAUAAAAAGCGCACAUUUAUCAGAAGCCCUUGUCCGAUCUUUUUGUCUCAUUUUCUCUAAACUGCUGGGGGAAAGUCCCGUUACAUGACAGACCUCCUCACCCAAACAUCCAGGAAUUGUCUGGUUUGGAUUUUAUCUCUUGACGACAGGUUUAAAGGUGACAGUGGAUAUCUCCCUGCUGGAAUUUAAUCAAAACAUUGCAAAAAAUAAAAAAUAAAAAAUCUUCUUUCGGUAUGAGUCAACACAAA